AUGCUGCGCUCGCUGAGGCGCCCGGACGAGUCCAAGGCCAGCCUCAGCAACGAGCAGCGGCUGGGCGACGUCGUGUGGAAGCCCGAGCAGGAGUUCCCCGGCCGCUCCGUGGUCGACCGCCACGCCAUGACGCCGGACCGGGAGCUGCAGGUGCUGCGCCGCAUCGCGCGCGUGUCCGUACACAGCAUCGCGCAGCCGGCGCGCCUGGCGCUGCUGGGCGUGUGCUCCAGCGGCGUGAUGGGGCUCUCGGCGUACGAGGCGCACCUGCUGCUGGACCCGGCGCAGCCCGCGACGCUCGACUCGCUGCUCUUCAUGUACAAGUACGCGACGCACAACUUCCUGGCCAGUUGCAUCUGGGAGACGCGCGCGCCGGAGCUCGUGGCGCAGGCGCUGGGGCUUGACCCGACGCAACUGCUACGGGUCUUCCACCCGGCCACGUCGAGUGCCGACGCGGCGCUGCAGCUGAGGAUCAUGAGCGUCUUUACUGCUAGAGCCAUGCUGGCCGGCUUCAUGGUGGUCACGCAGCUGCUGAACAUCGUGCGCGCGAGCGGGACGGCGGCGAUGGGGUACUCGGAGAACGUGUACAGAGGGCUUGAGCCGCCCCUGCAGGGCAUCGAAGAACGCAUUAUCCGACUGUCAGGCAAGGGCAGCGACGUCACGGAGGUGUCCAUGGCUCGAUAUGGGGCGCACAUCCUGCCCGUGUUUGAGGACCCCGAGCAGCAUCGGCACUUGGUGGCACUGUGGUCGCUGAACGGCCGAGUGCCGUGCGUGUGGUGCGUGCCCAAAGACCGCUACGGCUUCCGACACUCGUGGACUGGUUUGCGUGUCGACGAGUCAUUCUUGCUGCGUACGACUACGGGCAAGUACAUUCUGUGCAUUGAGGCCGAUGCUACGCUGCAGGACAGGGCGUUCGAGCUGCGGGUGAUGCCCAAAUCACCUCUGCCCAAGGACGAAGAGCUCUCGGUCGAAGAAGCGUCACAGGCUUACCGCCUUGUCGAGAGGCAGGCGGCGCUAGCGCUUCGACGUCCAUUUCGCAGUCUUUGCGUACUGUUGGGGGACUCGCGCCAGCCGUGCGACCUCGGUGGGGACUCCUUCGUUACGCUACGCGAACGAACGCGGCUCAAGCAGGAGGUGAACGUGCUCAUCGACUCCAAAGCGCCAUUGCUUCUGGAGGUUCUCAAGUGGUGCGGACGCUUCGUCGACGACCGGAAGACGCUGGUCCUGGACGUGACACCACACAACUUCACACCGCUGAAGGUGUUCCUUGAACGUCACGGAUAUGCUGUCCUGACCCCAGCUGAAGCUGUUGAGUUCGAGGAGCGUGAGCGAGCUGAAAUCGCUGCAGAAGCGAAAGCGAAGGUUGAAGCAGAAGAGCAAGACCAACGCCAUCGGCAAGAGCUAGAGGAGCAAGAACUCGCGCUUGCAGGCUCGACAUCGCUUAAGGGGAGGCAAAGCAAGAAACCCGAGAAGCUUCCCCGACUCUUGUAUUACCCGACAACCGCCGCCACUAUCAACGCUGUUCACGCUACACUAACGUCUGGCGAUGGCUUGUCGGAUCCACGGCGAUGCUGCGUGUUGAUCAACCAGCCGUUUGGUCUUGAGCACCUUGACGAACUAGCAGAAGAUGCAGGCGAGAAGUUCCAUCCCGUGUGCGCUGCCGAGAUUUAUGACGACUACUUCCGCCAGGUGCGAAUCUGGACGCGAAUGGGUCACUCUGCUACUGUCAUCCAGCGCGAACUUGACCAACGUUUUGAACCUGUUCGCGAUGUUUUGGACGCUAUCGCGGCCUUGGACAAGGCUUCUAGCUCAAAGUAG